AUGGCAGAAAGUGUCAGAGUUGCCGUAAGAUGUCGGCCGUUCAAUCAAAGAGAAAAAGAUCUGAAUACAAAACUCUGCGUCGGGAUUACUCCAAACAUCGGACAAGUGAAUCUGAUAGCAGACGAUGGAACACCAAAAGACUUCACAUUUGAUGGAUCCUAUUUCAUGGAUUCAACUGGAGAGCAGAUUUAUAAUGAUAUCGUUUUUCCGUUGGUUGAGAACGUGAUAGAAGGCUACAAUGGAACUGUGUUCGCUUAUGGACAAACUGGUUCUGGAAAGACGUUUUCAAUGCAGGGUGUGGAAAGUAUUCCAGCUCAACGAGGUGUCAUUCCCAGGGCUUUUGACCACAUAUUCACAGCAACAGCGACAACGGAAAAUGUGAAAUUUCUAGUGCAUUGCAGUUAUCUAGAGAUUUACAAUGAAGAAGUUCGAGACUUGUUAGGCGCAGACAACAAACAAAAACUGGAAAUCAAAGAGCAACCCGAUCGAGGUGUCUAUGUGGCAGGGCUCUCAAUGCAUGUCUGUCAUGAUGUACCAGCUUGUAAGGAGUUGAUGACAAGAGGAUUCAAUAACAGACAUGUUGGGGCGACUCUGAUGAAUAAGGACUCCUCUCGGAGUCAUUCCAUAUUCACUGUCUAUGUAGAAGGCAUGACGGAAUCUGGAUCAAUACGAAUGGGAAAACUAAAUCUAGUGGACUUGGCUGGAAGUGAGAGGCAGAGUAAGACAGGAGCCACUGGAGAUCGGUUGAAGGAAGCGACGAAAAUUAAUUUGUCACUGUCGGCACUGGGAAAUGUGAUAUCAGCUUUGGUAGAUGGAAAGUCAAAGCAUAUUCCGUACAGAGACAGUAAGCUGACCAGGUUGCUGCAAGACUCUCUGGGAGGUAACACAAAAACUAUCAUGAUAGCUUGUGUGUCCCCAUCCAGUGAUAAUUAUGAUGAAACUCUUUCUACUCUUCGAUAUGCGAAUCGUGCGAAGAAUAUCAAGAAUAAACCAACGAUCAACGAAGAUCCGAAGGAUGCAUUGCUUCGAGAAUAUCAAGAAGAAAUCGCCCGACUCAAAGCAAUGGUCCAACCUGGAGCCGCUGGUCCAGCUGUUCCUGACGCCUCUUUAAUUGAAGAAGAACGAAAGAAAUUAAGAGAAGAAUUCGAACAAGCAAUGACUGAUUUGAGAGGAGAAUACGAGAGAGAACAGACUAGUAAAGCAGAAUUGCAGAAAGAUUUAGAGGAGUUGAAAGCGGAAUAUGAGAGGGCUAAUGCUAAUUUGGAUAACUUGAAUCCGGAAGAAGCGGCAAAGAAGAUACAACAGCUACAGGAUCAGUUCAUUGGUGGAGAGGAGGCAGGGAAUACUCAAUUGAAACAAAAAAGGAUGAAACAGUUGAAGGAAGCGGAGACUAAGACUCAAAAGUUGGCAGCUGCUUUGAAUGUUCAUAAGGAUGAUCCAUUGUUACAAGUCUACAGUACAACCCAAGAGAAGUUGGAUGCAGUCACGUCGCAGCUUGAGAAAGAGGUCAAGAAGUCUAAAGGCUACGAAAGGGAAAUUGAAGACCUUCAUGGAGAAUUCGAACUGGACCGUCUUGACUACUUGGACACUAUCCGAAAACAAGAUCAACAGUUGAAGCUUUUGAUGCAAAUUAUGGAUAAGAUUCAGCCCAUCAUUAAAAAAGAUACAAACUACAGUAAUAUCGAUCGGAUAAAGAAAGAAGCGAUAUGGAAUGAAGACGAGAGUCGAUGGAUUCUACCAGAGAUGUCAAUGAAUAGAAUGAUCCUUCCGCUGGCUAAUAAUGGAUACAUGUCCGAGCCGGUCAAGCAGGAGCACACUCUACUCCGAUCGAAUUUCGAUGACAAAUUGAGAGAACGAUUGGCAAAAAGUGACUCGGAGAACUUGGCGAAUAGCUAUUUCAAACCAGUGAAACAGAUCAAUGUAAUCAAUAAAUACAAGAGUGAUCAGAAGCUAUCAACUGCAAAAUCGUUAUUCCCCACGAAGACACCCACAUUUGAUGGUCUUGCCAGUGGAGUCAUUUACACGGAUGCUCUUUUCGAAAGAGCUCAAUCUGCAAAGAGGCCGGCACGAUUGGCUUCUUUGAAUCCGAAAUGA